AUGAUAGUAAAAAAUUUUUAUAAUGAUUCAGUAUUUAAAGAAAUAAAAAAAAUAUUAAACAAAAAAGUAAAAGUUUUUUGUAUUAUAUUGACUGAAUCAAAGUACCAUGAAGAAAAAAUUAUUCAUCAAAAAAGUACUUGGAUUAAACGAUGUGAUAAUUAUAUUUUUGGAUCUGGAGUUAAAAAUGAUAGUUUACCUUCUAUAAAAGCAUGUUACAAUGAUUCAUAUAAUUAUUCUAUGUGUAAAUUUAGAAAUACACUAAAAUAUGUCUGGAAUAAUUAUGGAGAAGAAUAUAAUUGGUAUAUAAAAGUAGAUGAUAGUACAUAUGUUAUUAUGGAAAAUUUAAAAGUUUUUUUAUUAAAUAAAAAUCCAAAUGAUUUGAAAUAUUUUGGAAGUAGUUUUGAAAUAAAUGAUAAAGAAAAUCUUCAUUACUUUUAUGGGGGAAUUGGUUAUGUUUUAAGUAAAAAGACUGUCCAACUUCUGGUUGAAAAAGGUUUUGACUCAUUUGACUAUUGUUCUCAUGUUGAUGAAGGUAAUGAUGAUAUUGAAGUUGGUAAAUGUUUAAAAAAAUUAGGUGUUGGUUUUAGUGAAAGUUUUGAUGUAAAAAAGAAAACACUUUUUAAUACUUUUACACCACAACAAACUUUAUUACAAAAUACAAAUAUUAAAAAAAAAAAUUCAACUAUAUUAUCAGGGAAUACUAUUGAGCAAGUAAUUGAAAGGAUAUCAGACUUCCCAAUAUUGUUUCAUAAUGUUGAUAAUACCACAAUGUAUACCCUAGAGUAUUUUUUUUAUCAUGCACAAGUUGUUGGUAGGGGAUCCAUAUUUGAUAGAAUGAAUGACCAAAACAAUAAUAUUAAUCAUUCAAUGGUAGCAGAAAAAUUUAAACUAAUAAACCAAUUUUCAGAAUUUUUUUUUACAUAA